AUGGGAACUAUGACUUCCAUUGAUGAGAAACCGCCUGCUGACCACCUCAUCGAGGAUAUCGCGGGGAAAGGAUCUCCCAGCGAAGAAGAUGAGGGAUUUACACCACAGGAACAGAAGAAGAUCAUUCGACGAAUUGAUCUUCGUCUGGUGACCAUGACCGGAUUAGCUUAUUGCAUCUCACUCAUGGACCGGACGAAUCUCAGUAUGGCAGCCAUUGCAGGGUUGAAAGAAGAACUGCGACUGGACAUAGGUCAGCGCUAUUCCAUUGCCGUGAUGAUGUUCUUCGUGCCAUACAUCCUUUUACAGCCCCCAAUGACGGUCAUCAUUCGAAAACUUGGCCCAACAUAUUUCCUGGGCGGGAUUAUUGUAUGCUGGGCGGGGGCCAUGAUUGGAAUGGGAUUCGUCAACGACUGGGGUGCGUUGGUUGGAACGCGUGUGCUUUUGGGUGGACUGGAAGCUGGGUACUUCCCUGGUUGCGUCUACUUGCUAUCUUGCUGGUAUACGCGAUUUGAGGUCCAAAAGCGAUUCUCUAUUUUCUACCUCAUCGGAUGUGUCGCUUCUGCGUUAUCGGGAAUCCUUGCGUUUGGUCUGAUGCAAUUGAACGGAAAGCAAGGGCUGAGUGGUUGGAGAUGGAUUUUCAUCCUUGAGGGAGUGAUUACCGGCGUUAUUGGCAUCCUAUGCUUGUUCUUCCUUGUCGACUUCCCUGACCGCGCACACAAGUCCUGGCGCUUCCUAAACAAGAGAGAAUGCGCAUUUAUCAUCCGUCGCAUCAACAAAGACCGAAACGAUGGAGAUAUGGAAGCCUUCUCUCUCAAGAAGUUCCUAAUGCCUGCAUUGGAUCUUAAGAUUUGGGGCUUUGCAAUGAUCUUUUUCUGCAUCACUACAGUUACUUACGCCAUUGCCUAUUUCCUUCCCAUCAUCCUCCGCCUUGGCAUGGGAUACGGCGUCGGCGAGUCCCAAUGCCUUUCUGCGCCGCCCUACGCGUUCGCAGGAAUCGUCAUGUACAGCACCGCCUGGGUUGCCGACAAGUACCGCAUGCGCGCACAGAUUGUUAUUUUCAACGCCCUGCUCACCAUCAUUGGUUUGCCGAUGAUGGGAUUCGCUAAGAACGAUGCCGCCCGCUACGUGGGCGUGUUUUUCACUGUUGCCGGUUGUAACGCUAAUAUCCCAGCCUGCAUGGCAUACCAGGCAAACAAUGUGCGUGGCCAGUGGACGCGCGCUCUCUCCAGUGCUACACUUGUAGGCUUUGGAGGGUUGGGUGGUAUCGUGAGUACCUUGGUAUUUCGGGAACAGGACGCUCCCCAGUACAUACCAGGAAUAUAUGCUGCUAUCGCGUGUAACAUUCUCAUCAUCUUCAUCGUGAUUGCUUUGAGUUUGUGGUUCCGGAUCUGUAAUAAGCAGGCGGACCAAGGAAAGCGGGUCAUUGAGGGCGAUGCGGAGUUCCGAUAUACAAUUUGA